AGUCCUGGCUUUUGCAGCGUUGUGGUCGGUGGUCAUCAGCGCUCCUAUCAGGUUUCAGCGAGCCUUUUCCCUGCUGUCGCUGCUCUUGUCGCCGCCGCCUGCUCUCCGGGAUCAUGGUGUGCUUCCGCCUCGCCCCGGUUCCGGGCUGUGGGUUCCUUCUCUUCUGCCUCGUCCUGGGCACUGUCUCGUCUUAUGCAUUGGAACUUAAUUUGACAGAUUCAUCAAAAGCCACUUGCCUUUAUGCAAAAUGGCAGAUGAAUUUCACAAUACGCUAUGAGACCACAGACAAGCAUAAUAAAACUGUAACCAUUUCAGACUUCAGUGCUGCAACCUACAAUGGAAGCGUUUGUGGGGAUGACCAAAAUGGUCCUAAAAUAGCAGUGCAGUUUGGGUCCGGUUUUUCCUGGAUUGUGAAUUUUACAAAAGAGGCAUCAUCUACAUCUACUUACUUAGUCGACAGCAUCUCAUUUUCCUACGACACUAAUGAUAACGAAACAUUUCCUGAUGCGAAGGAAAAAGGAGUUUUUACUGUUAAUAAUCGUGUGGCACUCAAGAUUCCAUUGAAUGACAUCUUUAGAUGCAAUAGUUUGUCAACCUUAGAAAAAAGUGAUGUUGUCCAGCACUAUUGGGAUGUUCAUGUACAAGCGUUUGUCCAGAAUGGCACAGUGAGCACAACAGAGUUUUUGUGUGAUAAAGAUAAAGCUGUAACCACUGCCAUGCCCAUCGUUCCCACCACGGCGCCAUCUCCAACAAAACCAGUGGUCGGAUCCUAUUCAGUUGUAAAUAGUAAUGGUACCUGUCUUCUGGCUACCAUGGGGCUGCAGCUGAACAUUACUCAUGAUAAGGUUGCUUCAGUUUUUAAUAUCAAUCCCAACACAACCAAUGCUACUGGCAGCUGCCAACCUCAAACUGCUCUGCUCAGGUUGAGCAGCAGCAACAUCAAGUAUCUUGACUUUGUCUUUGCUGUGAAAAAUGAAAACCGAUUCUAUCUGAAGGAGGUGAAUGUCAGCAUGAUUUUGGUUAAUGGCUCUGUUUACAGCAUUUCAAAUACCAAUCUCAGCUACUGGGAUGCUCCCCUGGGAAGUUCUUAUAUGUGCAACAAAGAGCAGACCGUUUCCGUGUCUGGAGCAUUUCAGAUAAAUACCUUUGAUCUAAGGGUUCAGCCUUUCAGUGUGACAGAAGGAAAGUAUUCUACUGCCCAAGAGUGUUCGCUGGAUGAUGACACCAUUCUAAUACCAAUUAUAGUUGGUGCUGGUCUUUCAGGCUUGAUUAUCGUUAUAGUGAUUGCUUACCUAAUUGGCAGAAGAAAAAGUUAUGCUGGAUAUCAGACUCUGUAACACUAAUCUACAUGAUAAUAAAAGCAAGUACAAAUUCCAACAUGCAAUACUGUUCAACUUAAGGUAUAUAUAGUUUACAGUGCUGAUCUUAAAACAGGUGGUAUUGGGGGAUUUCAAACUCAAAUAGUUAAAAAACACCCCUGAAAUGAUAAACUAUAAAUUAAUCACAUGAUUUUGGCUUUUCCAACUAAGGAAUUUAAAACAUUUUUAUAGCACCUCCCCCCCCAAAUGUGCAAAAUCGCAUGGAUUAUAGAUUCUGUUUUACAUUGUCUUGAAUUACUAUUUCGUUGUUGUCACUUGAGACAUUCUGAUUAGAAAUACACAGUUUAGGAAAAAGAGCUUAACCCCCUCCCCACCCUCGUAUGUAGUCAAAUUGAGACAACACAUUCUAUGGUGGAUUUGUACUUGCUCAUUUUGCAUUUCUUAGUGAUUUUGUUUGCAGGUUAACUUAGCUGCUUUGGCAUUGCUGCAUAUUUGACUAUGAGAGAUAUGCCAGUAGAUGUGAACAGGGUCUAAUAGUAUUAUGUUCUUAGCAAUGCAUGCUUUUCUAAUGCCUUUUGAGUACACUUGUACUUAAUAUGGCUGUAGUGACAAAAGAUACAGAAGCUUUUAAAAUUUUAGAAUAGGUGUUAAUCUUAACCGUUGAGUCCUUUCUUUAAAAAAAAAAGGCAACUGAGUAAUUCAGCCUUUUAAGUGGUAAGAUAAAAGACUAUUCCACCUGGGCAUUUCAAUCCAUUUUCUAGAUGCUUUAGAGAUAAUUGCUAGGCAGUGCCAAUUUGGGGUGUUAGUUCUUUGUACCCAUAAAUUGGCUCCUACUCACAGUGCUAAUAUUAAUGUCACUAGAUUUAUGUAGAUUUCUCUUUAGUCUUUGAGUCUCCGUGUUGGUGGUAGUUUGUUUUAUUCUUUCCUUUUCCUUAAAGAAGAAAUGCCAGUAUGUCCUAGAUAAAGAACUUGGACCUAACCCCAAAAUCUUGGUCUCCUCUUCGUUGACGAAAAAGCUGUUCUUCCUUUCCAGCUUACAUUGAUGGCUACAUUUACUAAUGUGGCUUUCGUACUUAAAUAGUUCAGUGCUAAUCAAAGCUUAUGUUAUUAUUGUUCAUUACGGUAGCAUCAUCAAUUCACGUACUUUUUGUUAAGUUUUGUGCUCUGGGGAGAGGCACCAAACUCCAUUUCACCUGCACCACCUAAUGUCUAGAGCCCCUCUCUAGAAAGCUACUUGGAGCUGCUUUGCCAGCUUAAGGCACUUUUUAAAGGCUAAAUAUAAAUCUGAUUUUUAAAAAAAUCUUUAUUUAAAUAAUGUUUUAGUGUAAGAUUGUUACGCUUAUAGGAAUGGACAACGCUUCCAAGAGUAUGAGCCUUAGAUAUUUCUCAAGAGUCAAAGCAGCUUUUUUAAAAAAUAAAAAUUAGAAGCACAAGCAAGUGGCCCUGGCUUAAUGCUGUUAAUGUUUCUAGAAGUUUCUACCUUGAGAUUAUAUACCUGAUUCAUAUUAAAAUACCUCUAAUUAGCACUGUUUUAUAGAGAAUCUGACUUAAUUGACUAUUUUCGUAUUUUACAUGGGCCAGUUUAUAUGCUAUUACACUAUUCGUAUAGCCACGUGUUCUUUGUACCUUUUGUAGUUUUGUUUGACUGGGUUUACAUCUUGAUGGUCUAACACUCUAUUUGGUUUCUGGGUGUUUCUCAUGGGUUAGCAUUUGUAUAAAGAAUCUGGUCCAUGUAAAUGCUUUUCAUGUUUUUUUCCUCAAAUGUUUAAACCACUAGUUGAUGUAUGGUAUUUCUCUUCGGUUAUUUGACUGUCCACUUGCUCAACAUAUUGCUUCUAAAACAAACAAUAAAGAUUCU